AUGUAUAAAAUUGGAAGCACAAAUUAAACGCUUAAGUAAACUUAAGUCAAAGGAAACAACCAAAAAGAUGGGAUGCCUCCUAUUAAUCUAUCCAGAUAAGGAUCAAGUAAGAGUUCUUAGUCAUCCCAUUCCGUAAAGAAGACUUAUGAUUAAAACAAAAACACAUAAGGACAAUAAGGAAGCACUCAUUCAAGCAGAAGUGUGAGCAAACAAUCUAGUUUAGGUGGAGAGGAUUCUAACAACAAGCUAACUGAGGAUAAAUUUAAAAAUUUGAUAAUAGAAAACAAUAAUCUAAGUAUAAUUAUAGAACAAAAAGACCAAGAGUUAGAUGAUUUGAAGAACUCGUAUAGGAAUUAAUACAAAGAAAUAAUGACAAAAGUAGAUUAAAUGGAGCAAUUUAUUCAGCAACAAGAUAAAAGAAAUUAAGACAUGGUUGAAGAAUAGAUAUAAAAAAAUUAAAUAAUAGAGCAGCUUUAAGCAAAAAUAAAUGCUUAAGAAUAAAUUAUAGAAUAGGAAAGAAUUAAAUGUAUGGGUUAUUAAGCUAAUUUCACUUAGAUUGAAACUCAUAUUAGCUAAGUCAUUAGCGAGAAUGAAAAUUUAAAUAUCCUAAAAGACUAAAAAGAGUCUGAGAUUCAAGCAAAGCAAGAAGAACUUUAGAAGGCUCUUUAGAAAAUAGAAGAAUUAGAAUUGCAAAACAACAUUUAUAAAGAAAAUAACCCUCAGCUUUAUUUGGAAAGCUCAGAGCUUAUUAAAUUACAAAAUGAGUUGUAAGAAUAAAAUGAUGCCUUAAAAAAUUAGGUCUAGGGUUUGGAAUAGCGCAUAAAUGAACUUGUGUCUUAAUAAAGCGAGUAUCAAGAAAAUAUACAAAAUUUGCAAGCACAACUUGACUAACAUCAACUGUUGAGUUAAAACACAUAAAACUUUAACAAUACUAAUUAAUUAGAGAGCUAAGCAACUUAAGAAUAAACGCCAAUGAAUGUGUUUUUUUAAAAUACUUAAAAUUCGGAAAACUAAAAGCAAUAAGAAGAAAUAAAUGACAAAAAUAACACCUUGAUUUCAGCCACAAACAGCGUUUAUCUAACAAGUAAUUUAUUUGAGCAAGAGAUCAAUAAAUUUAAGGAAGAACUCAACUUAAAGCAAAUCUUCAUAGAGUAGCUCAAUGAAGAAAAUGCUUAGCUAAAAUAUGAAAUUCAAUAAUUAUAAUUAAACAUUGCAAAUAAGUAUGAAACAGCUUCAACUCAGGAUUAAGAUGAAGUUUUACAAUUGAAAGCUUAAAUCAACGAUUUACAAAAUUAGAUUUCAUAAUUAGAGAAUAAACAAAUUGAAUAAAUUGAGAAUUUUACAAAAAUUCUUAAUGAGAAAAUGAGAGCAGAAUAAAAUGCUCACAAUUUAAACCUAUAAUUGGAAUGUUUAAAAAAUGAAUUAGAGAACUCUAAUUCUCUAUCUAAAAGUAAAAAAUAUUCAAAUGAAAAAUCAUCUUCUAGACUAGAAGAGCUCAGAACUUAGUUGAGAUAAUUAAGUUAAGAAAAUACAGAGAUUACUUAGAAAAAUAACUUAUUGCAAAGUGAUGUUGAUUCACUAAAAUCCUAGCUAUCAAUAGUAAACAUAUCGCUUGAAGCCUCUUAAAAACUAGCAACCAUAAGAGGUGAAGAGCUAGCUUUAUUUGAAUAAAAAUUUAAAUAAAAUGUAUAGUAAAUCGACCAAUAUAAAUCCUAAUACUAAUCAGCACUUGAAAAUUUACUAAAGUGUUAAAGCAACAUUCAACAGAAUUGA